CAGCCAAAAGUUUCAGAUUUUGGGUUAUCUAGGUUAUUUAGUAGAGAUGACCUAAUUGGCAAUUUAGGGUUUUCAAGAGUAAGAGGUACAAGAGGUUAUAUGGCUCCUGAAUGGAUAUUUAAUUUGCCCAUUACUUCCAAAGUGGAUGUUUAUAGCUAUGGAAUUGUAGUGUUAGAGAUGAUUACGGGAAGGAGUCCAUCAAUGGCUGGCUAUGGUGAUAAUGGUGGUGAGGAAGUGGAGAAUAUGAGAUUGGUCGAAUGGGUGAUGGAGAAGAAAAGAAGAGCUUCUGAAACUAGUAUUUGGGUUAAAGAGAUUGUGGAUCCUGUCUUGGGGGUGAAUUAUGAAGCAAAGAAAAUGGAAAGUUUGAUAAGAGUGGCAUUGAAGUGUGUGGAGGAAAGCAGAGAUGGAAGACCCACCAUGAGUCAAGUGGUUGAGAUGAUUUUACAACUUGAAAGUUAUCAUUAAUCAGCUGGAGAAAGUAAAGAAAUUGAUGUAAUGUUGCUUAUAGUAAUUGAUGAUUUUCAUGCAUGUAAUUAUAUUGUAUAAUCCAAACUUGAUUUUCUGUUGUUA